GAUGGGUUUAAAGCUCCGAGCGAGGAACCGGAGCCUCCGGAGAGGGCACGGCCGCUGUCAAAAGUUUCUGGUUUAAUUACCGAGGGUGCGGGUCCUUCUGUGCACCGGCAGCGCCCCAGGGCCGGUGGCGAGUGCUGGGCUGCUGUAGCAGCAGCUGGGCUGAACAUCCCUGAAUCAGCCCGUAUUUGGUCACUUUUGGGUUUAGGGGAUGUGGCCAUUGAGAUGUCUCAGUCCUUUUGUCUUAAAGAAUUUCCUUGUUGAAGGCUUCAGCUUCCCAGCCCAGCUCUGCCCUGAUGAUGUCUGUGGGAAUGCCGUUGUCGUUGCACUGGGAGGAAGGUGACUUCUCUCUGUGAAGCCUUUGAGCUGGAUCUGUCUUCAACCUCGGUUAUGAAGUAGGAAAUCUAAAAAAGAUAAAUAACUUAAGUGUCUUUCAGGGAGCUAGUUAGAGGUUUGAUUUAAGGGCUGCAUGCCGAGGUGUUUGAGCUGGCUGGAAUUUGAGUGGAAGGAGCUGGCUCUCUCCUGGUGACACAGUGACACAGGUACAGCAGUGCCAGGGAUGGAGUGAGGGAUGAUCCAGCUACUUGGAUGUGAAUGGAUCCCACAGUUCCUCCCCACAGCCCUGUCAGUGGUGUAUUACUCAUGAGGAUACAUAUAUUCCUUCUGUGUAGCCCCUGGCCUUCUGGAGAAAUGGAUUUAUAGAGCUUGAGGGUAGUUUGUUUCCUUGUUUUUUUCUGUUGUGUGUGUUUGUUUUGUUUUGCCAGCCCAGGUUAUGUAUUGAAGCAUGUAAACAUUCAGAAGGAACAGUGUGGGUGAGUCCAAUGAGGCUCAUGUCUUGUACUGAGGAUGUUCAGGAUAACUCUUGGUGCUUCUGAAUCCAUGUGGCUUUGCUUGAAAAACUGGAGAAGGGCAUAAAGCAGCUACUGUGGAACUUCACAGCAGGAGCCUGGUGGUCUCAUUCUCCAUCUUGCAUUUCUCCUUGGGAUCCAGGUUCUUUGGACCAGGUGUGUCCCUGCAGAUGGCAGAGAUGCUUUCCUGGCAAGUGACCCUGGGGGCAGAGGCUGUGCUGUGUGACCUUGCAUAAAGUCAGCUCAUUCAAACAUCCUGAACUCUGAGAGUGAAAAAAACCAGCAUUUAUAGGCUGCCCAAAGCAGCACAUGAGCAGUCACCUAAUACACCUCCUCACCCUUGUGUGAUGGGGAAGGCAUUUCUUCACACAGUUCCUCUCACCUGUCUUCUGGCCAGCACCUCAGGCACGGUGGGUGCAUGAGAUGUCUAAGCCUCAACAGCAUCUUAGAGCCAUUGAUGAACCAGAAAUAGAACGAUCUCAUACUAGAUUAUCCACUUAAAGAGACCUACAGUUGCGUAGCUGCACUUGCAGCUUGCAGGACUGAUUGUAAAUCCACUAAAAAUAGAUCUUUAUUUCACACUAGGCUUACACAUGCUCCCUGUCAAAAUGCUUUUAAUUUCCCUCUCUGACGUGUGCUGGUGUAUUUUGUAUUCUGCUCAACGUUUCUGAGAAUCGCAGGCAAAAGAUGUUCUUCAUUGCUCCUCCUACAGUGCCAAAACUCUGCACGUUCCAUAAAAUAAACUUUAAAGGUUCAUCUGGAUGCCCAAAGCCAUGGCAGGAUCCCACAUGUGCUGUCAGAGCUAGAUGACCAGUAAAUUGAGGAAGUGAUGUAAACUUCCAUAAUUAGGGGCAUAGGAACGCUCAGCUACCACUGCUGUAAAUAGUGAGUGGGGGAAAAUUCUGUUUUGGGGGUAAGGUGUAGCCACUAUUGAAGUUGUAGCUCUGGGUGGAGAACUGAUGUGGUGCUGGGAGUGUCAGGCUGGGGAGGAAUAGAAGGGGCAGUGCUGGAGACUGGGAUUUGGUGUCUGAAGCUUGCAGGAUCCUCUCCUCCAGUUCUUCCAUUAAGUGCUCUGUAUACUUAAUACAGCUCUUGAUUGGAAAUUGUUCCCCUGAGCAUAGAUUCUUUUAUCCGUAUGUAAAUGCUCCUUUGUGCUCAGUUUUAGGCCACAUACUUCACUUGCUGUGUCUGUCACUGCAGAGAGGUUUGAAUAAUUCCCUGAUUUUUGGAACAGACGUGUUGUAUUUUGCAGAUCUCCCUGGGCUCAGGAGCAAUGAGUUUCCUGUGUCAGCUGUCUGCAGCCUCUGAGUGAUGGGGUGACAGCUCAGGAGGGAGGCAUGGAGACCUUGUAACCUAUGGGGGGAGCAAAAAGUGUGAUGGAGCUGUAUGGAAUUUAAUUAGUUUACUCUCUCUGAAUAUGGCUCAUCACUUGCUUUGAUUUUUCUUUACACUCUUUGUGUUUUCAUUGGGUUUUAACUCAAGUUAGUUCUCUAAUUCUCUUCCCCAUGAGGUUCUUACCUCAUUCUCAGAAGCUUGUGAUCUUCAAGCAUCUGCAGAAUACCUGUUGGGUGGAUAUGAGAGGAAUUUCAUUUGUAGAAUCAAGAUUUAGAUUGGAAGGACCUUUAAAGAUCACCUUCCCCUAGUGCAGGCUGCUCCAAGCCCCAUCCACCCAUAUCACAACACACAGUUGAAGUGCAGAACUGCACUUGGGUUUUUCUUCCUUGUGGAGGGUGGAGAUGGUCUGAGGUGCAAACGUUGGCCUGCACAGCUUUGGGGUGAUUUUGCUCACGUCCCAUUGGCGUGGCUGCUGCAGUGACUCACUUCUAGAUGUUACUGAUGAAAAUGGGGCAUCUGGGGCCUUCCUCUGGCUUCCACACCAGUCAGACUGAGACAGCACUGUGGUGCUGACUCCUAAAAUGUGGGGACAGAUGACACCGGGGCUGUGCGUCGCGUGGCCGUGAUGCUGGGGGAAUUUAGACCAUGGUGAAGAAGCUCCUGAAUGAAUUCCUGCUGCUGCUUUCCAUGCCUGUUCCAGACCAUGGUCUGUGCCUGUCUCAGCCUCUCUUAGCUCGUGGCCCCAGGUCUAUGGAGCUGGGUGCCUUUGCAUUCCAAGAGCAGCCCUGUCUGCUGCCGGGGAAGGCGCGUGGUCAGCAGCUGUAGGGUAAUCUGCUCCCAAAGAAACUGAGUGGUUUACAUCUACUGCAGCUUAUUUUUGCUCAUUGUUUCCUGUUUAUGUGGAUAAUCUUCUUAUCCACAGAAAUGUCCGGUCCUCUCUUUGAAUCCUUGAGUUUUUGCUUCUAGACAUUUUAGAGCAGUAAGUUCCACAGGCUUAAAAAAAUAAAGUAAUAACCUCUUUACUUCUUUGUAUAUAAGUGACAAUUCUAUUCUUGAUAUAAUUUAUGAAAGGAUGAGUUGUUUUUUAUUGUGUUGCCUUUUAAUAUCUGAUUUUCUUCAUUUUAUUUCAAAAGCAAGCUGUCUUAAGUCUUUUUAGUGUCUCUGGCCAAUUUUUUUUUCCCAAAUCCUUUACUGGUUUUUUUUGUCCUUUUCUGAAUUCUGUCCUUCUCUGACACGAAUUCUGACUCUUAACUUGUGGUUCCCUUCCUGGGAUGGAGUGAAGAGGAAAUGAAUGCAGUAAUCUGAGGAAGGUACAGUAUUGGAUUAUAUAGCUGCACAGUAAUACUUUUAGUGACAAAAAACUACUGGAUGCUUUGUGGAGAGGUAGGAAAAGGUUUUACAUUGUUACAGGUCACCACUGUUCAGUUUGGAAGGUUUAUGUGGCAGCAGCUCCAUCUAAUGUAUACUGAAGUCUGGUAAAGCUUCCAUUGGGUGGGGUCAAGGCCAAAUUCUGCUGCUUUUUCUCCUCCAUGAUUAUAUUUCAGUUACUUGGGGAAGAGAUGAAGGUGAAGCCUUUUGUGGCUUUGAUCCAUGUUCACCAGGAUCUUGAGGUAGCCUGAAAUUUGACUGUGUGUCUUUGCAGGUGAAUCAAGCUUGAAGGGGCACAUUAUUGGGUCUGGGCCACAGCUGAUGGAGUAGUUCUGGGAAUGUAGAAGCCAGUUCUGUAAUGACACUUGGUCUUUCUGUCUUUUCAGGUGCUGGAAAAUUACUCAGAUGCUCCUAUGACCCCAAAACAGAUUCUGCAGGUCAUAGAGGCUGAAGGUCUAAAGGAAAUGAGUGGCACGUCUCCCCUGGCCUGCCUCAACGCCAUGCUCCACUCCAAUUCCAGGGGAGGUGAUGGGCUCUUCUACAAACUGCCUGGACGCAUCAGCCUUUUCACACUCAAGAAAGAUGCCUUGCAGUGGUCCCGGAACCUGUCAGUGCCAGAAGGGGAGGAGCUGGAGGACACAGCAGAUGCAGAAAGCUGUGGGUCCAACGAAGCCAGCACUGUGAGUGGUGACAAUGAUGUGUCUCUUGAUGAAACUUCUUCUAACGCCUCGUGUUCCACCGAAUCUCAGAGCAAGGGACCUGCUACCAGGGAGAGCUACAGAACUGCUUCCCAGACAACCAAACAGAAGAAAAAGACAGGUGUGAUGCUGCCACGGGUGGUGUUAACACCACUGAAAGUAAAUGGGGCACACAUGGAGUCUGCCUCAGGCUUCACAGGAAGGCAUGCUGAUGGGGAGAGCAGCAGCACAUCCAGCAGCAGCAGCAGCUCCUUGGCCCUGUGCAAAACCAGCCUGCGCAGUAGGACAGAGAUCAACAGGGAUCCUCCACAGCUGCUCAGGGGCAUCCGAAAGCCCACGGCUGGGCAAAUGAAACGGAACAGGGGUGAGGAUAUUGACUUUGAAACCCCAGGCUCCAUCCUUGUCAACACAAACCUGCGAGCGCUGAUCAACUCCAGGACCUUUAAUGCGCUUCCAUCACACUUCCAGCAGCAGCUGCUUUACCUCCUGCCUGAAGUCGAUAGACAGGUGGGGGCUGACGGGUUGAUGCGCCUCAGUGGCAGCGCUCUGAACAACGAGUUCUUCACCCACGCUGCACAGAGCUGGAGGGAACGGCUUGCUGAUGGUGAAUUUACCCAUGAGAUGCAAGUUCGAAUCCGGCAGGAGAUGGAGAAGGAAAAGAGAGUGGAGCAAUGGAAAGAGAAGUUCUUCGAGGACUACUAUGGGCAAAAGUUGGGCCUGACCCAGGAAGAAUCCCAGGCGCAGAAUUCAGUGCAGGAGGACGCUGAGAACAGGACAGAGGUGUCUGUUAAAGGAGAAGCGAGGCUGCCGUGCGGGCCGGCCACGCGCCAGAGGGACGGGCGCUUCCGGAAACGCUCCCGGGCCGACCUGCGCUGCCGGGCCAGGAGGAGCCUGUACAGACUGAGGGAGCCUGAGCACACGGAGACUCCCAAAGAGCCUGCUCCCGUGGGGCCAGAUCCCUCACUUCAUAAAGAGCCAAAGCCCGAGACAGACCUGAAGAAAGAUGAUCUGACCAGCUCCUCAGCUGCAGGAUUGAAGGCAGAGAGUACUGAACUGCACCUCUCUCCAGAGACUUCCAAAUCAAACAGCAAAUCUGAAGAUCCAUCAUUGGCAGCUACCAGCAGAAUUCCCAGUUUGCCCCAGGAGAACUCUGCUCAGGAGUCCAAGGAGCAGAAGAGGAAAAGCUUUGAGGAGGCUGCCUCUGCGUCCUUCCCCGAAAAGAAGCCCCGGCUUGAAGAUCGUCAGUCCUUUCGUAACACAAUUGAAAGUGUUCACCCAGAAAAGCCACAGCCUACUAAAGAGGAGCCCAAAGUCCCACCCAUCCGGAUUCAACUUUCACGUAUUAAACCACCCUGGGUGGUUAAAGGUCAGCCCACUUACCAGAUCUGCCCCCGGAUCAUCCCCAGCACGGAGCCCUCCGGCCGGGGCCGCCCCGGGGCCCGCACCCUCGCAGACAUUAAGGCCCGUGCUCUGCAAGCCCGAGCCCAGCGCGAGGCCGCCACCGCCGCCAUCGGAGGAGGGGGUGGCCCUGGUGGGGGGAGAGGCUCCGAGGAAGGAGGCGGUGGAGGAGAAUCCAGCGGCCGUUCCCAGCACAGGAGAUCCAAGAGAGCUCAUGGAAAACGUGCGUCAGAUCUACAGCGAGCACAACUACAGCUGUCUGUUCAUCUGAGCGGAGGGAAGGCUGACUCCAAAGGGGCUGCUCAGGAAGCCAGCGUGAAUUCCUGCCUCUCUGCCACACAAGAUCACUCUUCCUCAAAAAGCGAAAGGAGCAGCGUUCCAGGCUGUGCCACAGGGUCAGGGGACACUCAGCCUGGUGAUGGGUCACCCAGGACACCGUUCUGUGGUUCUCUGACUGUGUCAUCCUUGGACAGUGCAACUCCUGAGAGGCAGGAGGAGAGUCCUGAGCAGCUCCUCCAUGGCCCAAGGACCGAGCUCCCAUCUUGUGCUGCAUCACAGGAGAGCACAAAGCUGGGAUGUGUGGUUCCUGUGGUGACCAGUGGGUCGUGUUCUGGGGGGCAGGGAGCUGGGGUCAGUGCCACGGGACACAGGGCUGUGGUGGAACUUGGAGAUGUUGGUACUCCCACCGUACAGCUGGAUUGUCCUUCUGAUGUAAAGCAAAAUUCCUCCAGUUGUCCUUUUCCACCAGAAUUGUCAUCAGGUGUCUCAGAACGCCAUGAUCCAGAGAAGGUGUCUGGUUUUAGAUAUAACAACUCCCAAACAUUUCUGGAAAAAGGUGUUGCUGAUAAUACCUCCAAAACAGUGACUGUUGGAGUGAAGAAAGCGAUCCCUGCAGUGUGUGACACUGCAGAGCUGCAGGCAGGGAAAGGCAGUGAUGGCAAACUGAGUAAUGAGGAACAAAAGGCAGAGGCUCUGCUGCAGCCCUCUGUGCAUGGUGACUUUAUUUCUCAGAAUAGGAUAGAUACCUCUGAAAAACUCCUGCAGCCAAGGGAGAGGUGCCUCAGAACCGAACCAGAAAAUACACAUCAGCCCCUGGAAGAGACUCAGGAGUUGAAGAGAAGUGGAGAUGAAGAAAUACAGAGUACACACAGUGAAACAACAGACACUGCUUCUGACUGGGAAGGGGACAUGGCUGAUGAGAAUGUGGAGGUGGAGAUGUGUUUCAGAAGUGUCAGCUGUAGGGAGGUGGCUGGGAAAGGCUCUUCCUGUCACAGCUGCAGUGAGAAACGCAAUGGGAUUAGGUCAAAAUUGUCUGUGGAGACAGAGAGUCCAGCCUGUUCUGGGGACUUGGUGGCACCCCCACCUCAGAGGUGGGGACCCCAGAAAACCGAGCGUCCGGCCAGCUCUGCUCGGCCUGCGUCCUCCAUCGAGACCAACAACCCUUUGGUGAUGCAGCUGCUGAAGGGGAAGCUUCCACUGGAAGAAGUUCUGCCAGUGUCUCACGUCAACAUCAAGCUGGAAAUUGCACAACCAGUGCUGCAGAAGCAGUCAGAAAGCCUCUCCCUGCAGCUGGACAGAGGCAAUGGUCACUAUUUUGGCAAAGACUCUUCUCCAGGUGUAGGAAUAAAGACGAGUGCCCAAAGCAGGAGCGAUGAUGUUCGCUCAGUGAGAUCUUCCAAAGAUCCCCAGGAAAAAACCUGUGGAUCAGGAGCAGCAUUAUCUGGUGUAGAGGAUCAGGCUGUCCCAGAAAAACAUUCCAAAGUUGGUGCGACUUUAAGCUGCCAAGACCAACUGGCAAACGUGGCAAGUGCCUCUCUGAAGUCUGAAGAUGGGGACCCUCGGGAAGGAACAUUUUCUUCCUGUAGCUUUGAGGAGCAGAAGGAGUUGCCCAAGGUCCACCGGAUGCCACAGCACAAUCCAUUACCAAGUGUCACAGCAGGUAAAAGCCCAGAGAAGCUGAAUGCUUCUACAGAGCCUCAGUUUUUGUCUCCAGGUGUAACUUCUCUUGGACCAAAUCAGACAGGAGGUGCAUUGGUCAAUAAAAAUUACAGUGGGAUUCAAGGCAAAAAGCUCUUUGGUUCUGGUUUUCCUUCCAGCCCCAGCGUGAGGCUGCAUCACUCCAGGGCUUUGGAACACAGUUCAGCCAUGGAAACCUUGUCCCCUGGCAAACAGAUUGCCUUGGACAAGGGCUGUGCACUGGGAGAAGGAAUCCCAGCUGCCAGGGAGGAGUGGACUUCAAAGCAGCACAGCAGCACCGCGGGAGGGAUCAGAAGUGAGAAGGUGCUGGUGUGUGGCAGCCCAGCCAAGAGCAAUGCAGAGAACCGGGGGGAUGUGGCCCAGCAGCCCACGGAACUGGCCGAGCACACACAGAAAGAGCCACUCGUCAUGGACUGGCCCUUCUUUAAGUUUUCAAGGGAUCCAGGAAAAGGACAGUGUCACCCUUUGGAGCCUUCAUCCAUCCCCUCUCAGCUCAAUAUCAAACAAGCUUUUUAUGGGAAGCUUUCAAAGCUGCAGCUUAAUUCCACCAGCUUUAAUUAUUCAUCCAACACUCCGGCUUUCCCCCGAGGCCUUGCUGGGAGCGUGGUGCAGCUCACCCACAAAGCGAACUUUGCUGCGAGCCGGAACACGGCCCUGGCUGUGCAGAUGUUUGCUGACAGCAGCAGUGUUGAUGAGAUCUCGUUCCAGUGCUCGUGCAGCCUCAAAGCCAUGAUCAUGUGCAAAGGCUGCGGCGCCUUCUGCCACGACGACUGUAUAGGACCCUCUAAGCUCUGUGUAUUGUGCCUUGUGGUGAGAUAAUAAAUUAUGGCCGUGGGACAGGUUGUAUAUUCAGUGUGUGUAUUUUGAUAACGACUGAUCCUAACGCCUAUACACAAAGUACACAAAGUACUCUCUGUUCAUAGUAGAAACGCUGUUACACUUUGUUUUGGUGAGGAACGUUGAGCUGCCUUCCCACGGAGGUCGACGGUGCAGAGCUCAUUCCUGCUGAUGGGGACACCCUGCUCUGGGUGGGCUGUGCCCCAUGGGAGCCAUCCUGCUGCUUCCUGCUGUCAUGGAGAUUCCAGCUGUGCUCUGAGGCUGACGCCGGGGGGAGAGGCCGAUCGCUGUGGCAAUCCCUGGACCUUGUGUGGAGGAAAUCCUUACAUCCAAAGGAACUGGAAGAUGGUGUUUGCUAUUUCAGGGCUGCACAAGGUGAGGCCCUACAGUCUUCCACUCUCCCCUUCUGCCAUCUCCAUUCCCGGUUUGUGUGGGAAGUGCUGCUGUGCAGUGAGUGUAAGCAGAAGAGCUGCCCUGCAGGGAUGGUCCUGUGCAGUCUUUGGAUGCUCCAGCAGAAUGUGGUGCCCAGGGAUGUGCUCUGCAGGUGCUUAUGGAGCCAUGUACAGCCCACCAUGUGCCACAUGGAACCCACGUGGAGGAUGCAAGAAGAGGAAAAAAAAUUUCGGGGCAAGUGCCAAGCAAAUGCCUUCUGCUGGUCUGCAGGAAGCUGCGUGGCCAGGGAACUGUUCCUGGCUGAACUGGCCCAGCGGCUGUGCCUGCCUCCUUUGGCCAACUUCCACAAACUGCUGUGGAACACUGGAGGUUCCCUGGAGCUCAGUGAUAGGGUCAGUGAGCUCUGCACUGCAGCUUUGUGGUGAGGACCUGAAACCCCACAGCAGCUGAGCACCUGCGAGCAUCAAGCUGUGCAUCUGUGUGACCAUCACCUAACAUUUAAAGCAGUGUUCUUUCCUCUUUUUUUAUUUUCCUUUUUUUUAUAUAUUUUCAUUCUUGGAUGUAUAAAGUGAGUUAUUUGGCUCCUGUAAGUAUCCUCUCUGCAUCUGUUUGAUCAUAUAUUUAUAUGUUGUACACAGUACUGGCCAACUCUGUAAAUGGAUGUAAUGUACAUAGAGCAUAAAGGGGUCUUUUUUUUUUUUUUUUCCUUGGAUUUCCAGGCUCUACAGCAGUAUUGCAUUAAAGUGGUGUUAGUUAUUGUCAGAGCCACCGUAUUCCGUCUUGCCUGACAUGAGGCUCACCACGCUGGGGUCUUGGUUCCCACAGCCUCCCCUGCAGCCUGGGUGGACUGUGCUGUGCAGGCUCAAGGAUGACCAGGUGGGAUUUGCUGAGCCGAGCUCAACUCCCCCAUUGCUCAUUUAUGCUCUUGCCAGUUGUUGCUGCACCUGAGCUCCCAGGGCAUGGCUGUACCUGCACUGCAAGGAGGUGAAUGAACAUCCACGUGCAUCCAGAGAGGGAGAGCAAAACUGCAGUUCUCCUCCUCUCUGGAGCAAUUCCUAAUCAACAGUUAAUUGCUUCAGCGAGGGGGAGAAGCCGCUGGCUUAUUCAAGCGGGCAGUAGCAAGAAUUUUAGGGAGUUUAUUUUCAGUUUUUUCUUCUCGUCCCUUUUCCAGCUCCAUCCUACCUCCCUUCACCAUGCACUUUCUUUCAGCCGUGCAAGUUCCUCUUUCAGCCACAAUCGCGAGGGGUGGAACAAGUUCAGUCCCUGAGAUGGUUUUAUCCUCAAUGCAUCCACCAGCCUCAUGCCACGAGAAGGAGAGCCCGGUGCCCCGGCCUGGGCAGGGCUGCGGUGCCCUGGGGGCGAGCAGAGGUGUGGAACCUGCUUACCAAAGAUGGGGAGCGGAGCAGGGGGUUGGCUCUGCCUCCUGGGGGCCACUGCAGUGUUCAGCUCGGACUGGUCUGGGGGGCAGAGCCCUCGGGGGGGCCUGCUCGUGUCUGUCCCUUGUGCUAUUGGAAAAAUAAACACUGUAAAAUCUG